GGCGCGCGCCACAAGUCGCGCGUGCUGUUUCUGGAGACCGGGUACGCGUUUGACGUCACCGGCCGCUUCUCGUGCGCCAUCGAGUCCGCGGCGAGGCACCACCCCGGUUGGACCGUCAACGUGCUCGCCGCGGUCGACACGCCGAACAGCACCGACGUCUGGCUAGACGGGCCUUUCAAGCGGAUGCUGGGCCGGUUCCCCAACGUGGUCUUUGAUAGCGUGCAGGUUGCUGAUAUGGUCCGCGGCACGCCGCUGGAGUCGUGGAGUGUGCUGGACCUUCGCAAGGAAGGCGCGGAUAUCAGUGAGCACCUGUCAAACGCGCUGCGCUUGGCACUUCUCUACAAGCGAGGCGGCGUCUACCUCGACAAGGAUACCGUGGUCAUGCGGCCGCUCCACGAGUUCGACUCCUGCCUUUCCCAGACAUCACUGCGCAUGGGCGACUCGGUGAGCAACAGCUUCCUGUUCUUCGAGGCGGGCCACUCGUUCCUGCGGGACGCCAUGGAGCGCAUCGCCAGCGACCACGACCCGGGCAUCAAGUCGUCCCUGGGGCCGCCGCUGCUGCACGACACGCUGCUCGAGCGAUGCGGCGUCGCCAGCGUGGCGCCUCUGGCCGAGGCCGGUCGCCGAUGCCGAGGCGUGCUCGUGGUGCCGUGGCAGGUGCUCUCGCUCGUUCCGUGGACGGCCUGGACCGUGCUGUUCGUCGCCGAAACCGCCGAGACGAACUCCUCCUGGUGGGAGGCGUGUCGGGACAGCCACGCCAUGUGCCUACACGGCAAGCUGAGCGCCCGCAAGAAGGUCCAGAAGGACUCGCCUUACUGGCGCGCGGCGUCGGAAAACUGCCCGCGCUCGAUGGAGAUCUCGAUCGACGUGAACGGGCGGUUCUGAUCCAGAAGAGGAGCCCUCGUUUACGCGGCUGAAGAAGCUCAAACACUGACGGCGACACGGAUGGUGAUUCCACACUGAUCUGUAUAUAAAGGA